UUUCGAGAUCAGCUCUGACUGAACGUUGAUUUUUGUUGUCUGCAUUGAGCUCCUCUGUUAUGUUGAGAAACAACUGAUCUUGGAACAGAUGGUUGACAUGUUGGGCGCUUAGAGAUGACGUCACGUGUAUACAUCGGGGUCCAGCCACAGCACAGCAUCAUCCUUCCUCUUACAGCUAGUUUUAACUGCCUUAAAUAACCAUGUAUCUGUUGCUGAGUCCAUAAUUUUGAGCGCGGAUUCCAUGUGUGAAGAUUGUUGUUUGUACAUAACUUUACUCUGGAUAAAUGCCGUCUCGGGCAUUUAUUUCAUUCAAUAAUAUUCACCAAAGCUAGCUCGCAGGAACGGAGCAAACCUCGUCGCAAUGAUACCAAUACCUGUUGUUGUGUGUGUGAUGGGAGGAUGGUGUGCCGUUUACCUCACGGAUACCCUCAUAAAGACCUCUACUAGAGUAAGGCAUCGGUAUGAGACCUGGUUGUCAUCCAAUGGACUCGCCCUAUCCCCUUUCCAUGUGCGUUGGCAAACUGGUCUCUUCAACCGCCUGUUUGCCAGAUGUGCUAGUCUGAAUCCUCACUUCCUUCAUGUAUGGUUCAGUGUGGGCAUGGUGUUUGGGGUGGUGGCCAUGUUUGGCUCUGUGGUGUUGCUGGCAAGGACGCUGCAGCAGACGCUGAGACAGAUGACGUCUGAGGCUCCGGAGGGCUCCCACGAGCAGGUGCUGCAGGUGGUGGUGCCCGGGGUGAAUCUGCCAGUGAGUCAGCUGGCGUACUUCUUCAUUGCCAUCUUGGUUAGUGGUGUCAUUCAUGAGUUUGGCCACGGGGUGGCAGCACUGAGGGAGCAGGUGCGUCUGAAUGGCUUUGGCAUCUUUGUGUUUGUGGUGUACCCGGGAGCUUUCGUGGACCUCUUCACGACACACCUCAACCUCGUAUCCCCCGUACAGCAGCUGCGCAUAUUCUGUGCAGGAGUAUGGCAUAACUUCAUGCUGUGUGUGGCUGCGUUGUGUUUCCUGUUCCUGCUGCCCCUGCUCCUCUUCCCAUUCUACUACACUGGAGCCGGAGCGCUGGUCACGGAGGUGGUGGAGGGCUCCCCCAGCAGUGGGCCGCGGGGGCUGUUUGUGGGUGACCUGGUGACUGGCCUGGAGGAUUGUGGGGUACGUGGCGUAGAGGACUGGCACUCCUGCAUCCGGCAGCUGUCCCUGUAUCCCCAGACCGGCUACUGUGCACGCAGCAGCGACCUCCACGUCAGCUGGGCCGCCGGACGAGCGUACAAGCGUCUGGACGGGAGCAUGGAAUGCUGCAGCAACAACAGUCUGACAGAUCUCUGCUUCUCUUACCACAGCCAAAAAGAAGGCAGGAUGUACGCCUGCUUACCUGCACGCAAGACCAUGGAGACCAGUCGCACAUGCAGGACCAAUGCAGACUGUCAACUGCCUGGGGAGAAGGAGCCCGAGCCCGGGGCCGGGGCUGGAGGAGGAGGAGGGGGUGUACCCCCCAACCUGUGCCUGGUGCCCUCUCUGGAGAAUCAGACGCGUCUCAUCCGCGUACGCCACCCGCCCCAGCCCGACAUGCUCUUCGUCGGAUACCCUUCACACCUUCAGUACUCAGUGAGUCUGACCAACUUCGUGCCGAGACUCGGCUUCCUCCACUUGGACCUGCCAGUGCUGCUGGAGACCUUCUGCAAAUACCUGGUGUCGUUGUCGGGAGCGCUGGCGGUGGUGAACGCGGUGCCGUGCUUCGCUCUGGACGGCCAGUGGAUGCUGACCUCCUUCAUAGAGGCGUCGCUGGCCUCGCUGAUGCCCGAGAGGAGCAGUCGGGAGCUGCUGGGAUUCUGCAUCCUCCUGGGGGGCAGCGCCCUGUUGGCAGCCAACGUAGCACUCGGACUGUGGAUGGUCACCGCGCGAUAGCGACAGGGGACAUGGACUCACUGUGCAGACACAGAGGGCAACACACACACACACACACACACACACACACACACACACA